UAGUUCGUUCGGCUUUUGAUGUAGCGUAUUCGUAGGGAAGAAGUAAAAAUAAUACGGAUUGCUCAAUCAGAAAAUUUGUGUUUUUUAAAUUUUAAUAAUUUAAUGCUCUUUUGUGUGUUCGUUGUUGUUAUGGACAAUUUACCCAUGAAACAUUACAAUGUCGUUCUGCAAAUAUUGUUUCGUGAGGACAUGCUCUAUCAACUCGAAGCGGAACCCCGACAAAUACUUCUUCCGCGUACCAUACAACAAAGAAAUCCGACGUAAAUGGUGUGUGUCAGUUGGCCGCGACCCUGACAGCUUAAGUUAUGCUUCAGCUGCAUUUUGUUGCUCCGAUCAUUUUAAUUUUAAAGCAGAUCUGAACCGCAUAGCAAGCACCAAAACUGCGCCAGUACUUAGAUCGGAUGUGCUGCCAUCGUUGGAACGACAUGAUAACCAGAUGGAGAUUGUUGAAGUUGACAGCGAGGAAGACAGACCCGGAGAGAAAGAACCAAAAAAUUUAUUCGUCCGUGAAGUGGUUUACAUUGAGGAAAGUUACAAUGAUCGUUUCCUGGAAGAAACCAAUGAUCAGGAAGACACUUUGAAUACCGAACCGGACCGCAACGCAAACGAUUCAAUAGCUAAAGAAGUAAUUGAAAUAUUAGAUGAUGAAACACCUGUAGCAUCGUCGUCAGAUAAUAAUACUGCCGGAACAUCCCUACCAAAUAAAAUUGUUCUUUACAAAAACAAAGACAAGGCACCAAUCCACUAUGCACCAUUGAAGGAAACACCGAACAAACCAAUAAUAUUGAGACACAUAAAGCAGUUGAGUUCAGACGGAAGACAAAACGCAGUGAAAUUUAUUCCUGUUUCAAGUGUAAAACCACAGCCUACCGCAAAAAUUCGGCUAAAUCUCGCAAAUUUAAAAAUUCUGCCCGAAACUGCGAUUUCAAAAAACUUGGUUGCAAAGUCAGCAAUUGGUUCUACACCUGUUUCUGUGCGUCCAAUUGCUCCGGUAGCACCUCGAACGUAUACUGUAAACAAAACCAAAUAUCUGAAUGUCAAUGACUUGAAGAAGUCAAGAAUCGAGCAAAAUCUGAAAAGAAAUCGGCCACAAUCUGACGAUGAUGACGACUGCGUUUUGGUCGAAGAAGAAAAUGGGCUGGGCAACAUCAAGGAAAUCGUCAGCACAAAUAACCACAAAGACUCAUCGAUGAAAUUCAAAACGACACUUCCUUCGUCUAUCUCGAUCAAAUCGGUCUCGGGUGGCGAAUCCUCGAGAACAGUGGAACGACCAACACUCGUUGCGAAAGUAACAACUAGACCGCCAGCCAAUUCCAAUGCCCUUGUUCCAGUUCAGCCGCAAUUGCGUGUGCGCGAAUUUGGUAAAAUCAGCGAUGAGCUAAACGUCGAUCAAGGUAAAGUAUUCCGUCUCAUCAAGUUGAUGAUAUCGGAAAAUCAGUUACUGCUGGGGCGCCACACGGGUCAACUUGUUAGGAUCGCAAGAACAAAAUCGAAUGAAUUUAAGAUUGCGAACACCAUCUACUAUUAUCGGACGGAUGCCGAACGUGAGAGGAACUACUUUUUCAUGAACAUUACACGGCAGCCUCAGCAAGUUAAUGAAAUAAUCCAAAGAUGUUAUGCUAUUUACUGGGGUAGUCCCCGACGUGGUUGUGUCGGUGUCGUCGAAACUAAAGGUGUUCUGGACGAUAAAACCAAAGAUUUUGUAUUUCAGCAGGUCAAAAAGAGUCUUUUCAACGAAAAAAGUCCGCCAAAUAUUAAUUCACCUGCGCGGGUACAACCGGCUCCACUUAUCCUACAUAAUAUGGCUCCUCAAGGUCGAGUUCCCACGAACAGUAUGGUCGGUGUCAAACCUAUCAAAGUAGUGUCAGCCAUCGCAAAGUCUCAGAAUGACACGGGGAAAGAUCAACUCACCAUAAAUCUGGACGAAGAUGGAAAGAAUAAUCCGCAAUCAAGCAACACAUUUCAACCAUAUCACGUCACGAAAGAUGCCGUGCAGAGCCCGAUCAGAAAAAAUACUGCGACAUACAAGACUAUCAAGAGUAUUGCUGUUCAAAGUCCAAUUUCCAAGAGAAGUGCGACCUCCAAGACUACAUUUGAUGCAGUUCCAAAGCGAAUUUCCAAAAGCAGUGCGACCUCCAAGCCUACAUUUGAUGCAUUCCCAACGCGACCUGUAAUUAAAAAACUUUCGACUCCGGAGAAAGCAAAUGUGAAGACACCGCCGCGCGUUAAACCGAAGAAGAAACCAGCGAAGAGAAUCUCACCAAAGGACGCGACCGCAAACAAUGAACUGAUAAGACUCUCCCAUUUUCUGACCCCAACCAUACGAAACUUGAUCAACAAGUUGAAAUACUUUGAACUGAAAAGUGGCAAGGUGUUUACGGUGAAAGUUGGUGACAGUAUUUCAAAGGAUAAACCGUUCAACAUUGUGUUCACCGAAAACAAGCCGCAAUUCCUUGCAGAUAUUCGAGCGAAACCCGUACCAACGUCCCUGUAUGUGUCAAAGUUGGUGAAUUACCUAUUCGAUGCGAUAUACCCCUACAUGAGAAAUCGUCGCCGUGAGCCCAUCCCAAUACCUCCACCACAAGAUAUAAUUUCGGACGCUACGCCUGAAGUAAUGGAAGCGCUAUUGAUUAGCGAAAGUAAGCGAACGUACAAGGAAAUCGCUAAGUUGGAGGCUUCGGUUAAUAACUCACAUGCGACACAGGAUACUUCCGAUUACAAACACAAAUGUCGCAUUUGCUCACAGACUUUCCAACGAAAAUACCAAUUGCAACGACACAAGUUUGUCACACAUGAUUCAAAGCCUGGCGAAAAGUCGGCAGAAUCCAGCCCGUCGUCUACCUCAAAUGUCUUGAGUACGAUACCUGACACCAUCAGAAACGCAUUCCACGAUUUGGAAACCGAAUCCUGUCCAGAUGACUUGCCAUUGACGACAGCCAUCAAAACGGAAAAACCAGAAGAGACAAUCCUAAGCGAUCGGUCGCUUCUCGUACCGCUGUACGAAGAACUAAUUAACGAAGUACGAGACGACAUUUCGCUGGUAAAAUGUAAACAAGAACCCGAAGAACAUUUCGAAAUGACCACGUUACCACUGUCGACGGACAACGGAUUGAAGAAAUCCAACCGACCAGCGAAAAAAAGAAAUUUUGAGACGAAUAAUGGCAGUGGCGACGAGACAGACUCAGCACCGGAAUGCUUACAAACAUCGACAGACGCCAUGGAAGAGCGUCGACGAACUUUUGAGGAGUUUGUGGCAUUAGAACGGCAGCGACAAGAGAAAGCGACACGAAUUGCAAAAGUGAAAGAUACUGAAAAGGAACGUAAAACCAUGCGGUCCAAACGUUCCAAGGCAAUCGGUCACCGGAAGGCUAAGAAGAAUCUCGCGCCGAAAAUGGUUCCCCGAAAGCCGAUUAAAUUAUCACGAGCAAAUAAGCUGAUCAAGCAAUGGCCAUCGUUAACCGUUGAUCUGAUCGACAUUAAAAUGAAAUAAUUUCCCCCGGUGAUUUAACGCAAAAUUAAAUAAAAUUUAAGAUUGCGGCAAUGAAUUGCAGACUGAAUUGAUAAAUUAUUUUUGAUUGUUAGUGAAUUGAAAACACUUGAAAACCCUGUUCUAACGCAACAGAAACUUUCUAAUUUUAUAAUCUACACGCGCAAUACAAGAAAAUAUUUGUAAAUGGAAAACUAAAAUGUUCCUGAAAAUAAAUUCAUUUGAACUAGCACAA